AGGAGGCGGAGUCCGAACACCGCGGACGUUGGGCGGAGCUCGGAAGUGAGAAACGUUAGAUUCGUUUCCGACUCGCAGCCCAUGGCUCAGGCUUCUCGCUCGGAUGGCCUUCUGCCUCCGCUAGCUACUUUGCCCCAGCUGUGGGCGCAACCCGCGGACUCUGGGGAGAAGCUAUGGGAGGGGAAUCGGGCUGGCGCCAGCCGCGGGGAGGAUCAUGGCAGGCAAGGGCUACCCGUUCCCGGGAGCAUUCCCUGUCUGGAUGCACGGCCCGGCGGAACUCCGGGAGGGCAGCAGUCCUGGCUGGCCUCGGCCGACUCGGAUGAGGAGCACGAGGCUGGCGCUGCGGACUGGAGGCGGGAGCCUGCAGCUGGCGGCCCGAUACCGCUGGCGCUGCAGCGUCUCCGGGCUGUGUUGUUGCGGUUGCACCGCGAGCGAGAGCAACUCCUCCUGGCCCGGGAUUGCGCCCGCCACCUACAGGCGGCCGUGCACCUCUUAAAGACCCUGAGUCCCCGCACGCACGACAGCGGAAUCCGCCCCUUCCCGGAGCUGUGUCGUAACUUUCAUCUACACCCACCUCGAGAGGCGGUUCAGAGAAUCGGCCUACGGGACAUUCCUGAGCCGCUACUCCUAGCACGCCCCAUCGGACUAGCGGCCCGCUGCCUGGAUGCUGCCAUUGAGAUGCAGCUUCGUUCCCUGGGUCGGGCGCCCGCCAGCCUAAGCCUGACGUCCCAACUCGCUGAACUGUUGUUGGAGCUUCCUGUCUAUCACAAACUGCAGAGAAAAUCCAUGGGCCACCUCCCAAGGGCAGCGUGCCCUUUCUCCCCUACCCGUGUGCUCCAUCUCCUGACCUGGGAGCGGGGUUGCCAGGUGGCAGGUCGGCUGGAUGAGGCAUUCUGGGGAUUGGACUUCCGGGACCAGCUCCGAGAGCGAUGCCAUGAGGAGCGUGAGCUGUUGCCAGGGCUGCUGGGCCUCAUAGGGAGUUCAGCCAACAGUGAACUGGGGCUUGGAGGGGCUGGAGCCCUGUGGAGCCAAUAUUGGACCCUGCUGUGGGCAGCCUGUGCUCAGAGUUUGGACCUAAAUCUGGGACCCUGGAGGGACCCCAGGAUAGCAGCACAACAGCUGAGUCAGGCACUGGGUCAGGCAUCCCUGCCUCAGGAGUGUGAGAAGGAACUGGCUUCUUUGUGUCACAGCCUACUUCAUCAGUCUCUUAUCUGGAGCUGGGACCAAGGUUUUUGCCAGGCCUUGGGAUCAACCCUUAGGGAUCAGAACAGCCCUGCCUCACUCUCUCAUACUACUCAACUGUUGCAGCAGCUCUUUCCACCACUCUUGGAUGCUCUCCAAGAACUGAGGUCAGGAUUGAUCCAUUGCCGCCUUCCAGGUCCUGCACCUGCCGCCCUGGGACUCUGUACCUUACAGACUACCUUGCUCUGGUUCUUGAACAGAGCUCAGCAGAACCUGGCAGCUUGGAUCCCAGGUUCCUUCCUGCUCCUGAUCCAAAAGGACCUACCUCCUCUUUUGCAUGAGGCAGAAGCUCUGUCCAGCCUGGCCUUAGAGGAAAGCUUAGCCCUGGAGGUAGAGCAGCAGCUGGGCUUGGAGAUACAGAAGCUCACUACACAGAUGCAGCUCCUGCCUGAAGAGUCACUAAGUCUCUUUUUCCAAGAAUGUCAUAAACAAGCCACACAGGGCUUCAAGCUCUACAUGCCACGUGGUCGGUACUGGAGGCUUCGUCUCUGUCCUGAACUUCCCCAUGUUCCUAGUGAGUAUGCUGGUUUGGUAGUCCGAACUGUACUGGAGCCUGUAUUGCAAGGAUUGCAGGGAUUAUCACCCCAAGCCCAGGCCCUUGCCUUGGGUCAGGCACUGACAGCCAUCCUAGGUGCUUGGCUCGACCACAUCCUCACCCAUGGGAUCCGGUUCAGCCUGCAGGGAGCACUGCAGCUCAGACAAGACUUUGGAGUGGUCAGGGAGUUGCUUGAAGAAGAGCAGUGGGGCCUGUCCCUGGAGCUUCGGCAGACUCUGUUCAUGCUCAGCAUCUUCCAGCAGCUAGAUGGAGCCCUGCUGUGUCUACUACAGCAGCCCCUGCCCAAGACUAGAGUCCACUGGAGGCCUCCCUGUUGCUGUGUUUGUAAUGAAGUCCAGGCCACAGAAUGGCCCAGCAGCACCCUCAACAACCUGGAGAGCUUGGAGCCUCCUCUUCGGUCUGGAGCACCCCCAGCCCAGACCAAUCAGCUGCUAAGCACCCUAAGGGGAGGAGGACCUAGCCCUGAGGCUUACCUGGUGGGAAAUCAGCAGGCUUGGCUUGCCCUAAGGCUGAACCAGCACCCCCGUUGGCAACUGCCCUUUCUUUCGUGCCUGGGGACCAGUCCUGAAAUCUAAGGACCAGGAGCUCCCCAUCUCUGAUUAGAAAAGCCCAGAUAUUUGGAACUGCAUAUUAAAGAAGCCUAGAAUUGGGAACUUGGGAGAGAGCAUACAUUAAGCUACACAGAGCUUGGAAUCAGAAGCUAUGAAUCCAAGAUCACUCCAGUGCCCGCAAUCAAGAGUGAAGGGCAAAACCAGAAGCUGAAACCUGAAGGUCAGCACCCUUGGAAGGGUCAGGCCUAGUUCCCCCUCAGUGAAGACAUUGUAGGGCUGGAAGUGGGAGGAGGAUUAGGGGUUGAAUCUCAGAGUACAAGGAAAGGGAAAGCAAUAGAAAACAUGCUAGAAGCUGUGCCCUCUUAAAUCCCAGAAACACGAAUAAAACAGUUUAUUCAUGGGGAA